CGACAUGAUUGAGGAAUCCUUAAACCCAGGCCACUACAUCAGCAAAGUGGUUUCUGAGACGAUGCCGGCGGCCACCCUUCCUCUCUUGCUGCUGAUGGGGUUCCUUUUUCUCAUGUGGAAUUUUGAAGAAACCUCGUCAAUACCAGGGCCUGGCUACUGUAUGGGUAUCGGCCCACUCAUAUCGCACUGGAGGUUUCUCUGGAUGGGUGUGGGCAGCGCAUGCAACUACUACAACGAGACGUACGGCGAAUUCGUGAGAGUCUGGAUCAACGGAGAAGAGACCCUCGUUACUAGCAAAUCCUCAAGUAUGUUCCAUGUAAUGAAACACGGACACUACAUCUGCAGAUUUGGGAGCAAGCUUGGCUUGAAGUGCAUUGGCAUGCACGAAAACGGCAUCAUAUUUAACAACAACCCGGCUCUUUGGAAAGAAAUCCGACCCUUCUUCACCAAAGCUCUGUCAGGUCCAGGUCUCGUGAAGAUGAUAGCUAUUUGCGUUGACUCAACUAGAGAACAUCUGGAUCAUCUACAGGAGGUGACCACCGAGUUGGGACACAUCAACGCCCUGAAUCUUAUGAGGUGUAUCAUGCUGGACACUUCCAACAGACUUUUUCUGGGGAUUCCUCUCGAUGAAAAUGCCAUCGUGCUUAAAAUCCAAAACUACUUUGAUGCUUGGCAAGCGCUUCUGCUGAAACCUGACAUCUUCUUCAAGAUUUCUUGGCUGUACAAGAAAUACGAGAAGUCUGCGAAGGAUUUGAAAGAAGCCAUCGAAAUCCUCAUCGAACAGAAACGACAAAAGCUUUCCACUGCCGAGAAACUGGAGGAGCACAUGGACUUUGCAUCGCAGCUGAUUUUUGCACAGUGCCGCGGGGAACUAACGGGGGAGAAUGUGAACCAGUGUGUUUUGGAAAUGCUGAUCGCCGCCCCAGAUACUCUCUCAGUGACCCUCUUCUUUAUGCUAGCACUGAUUGCUGAACACCCUCAUGUGGAAGAGGCAAUGAUGAAGGAAAUACAAGCUGUAAUGGGUGACAGAGACAUAGAGAGUGAAGACAUGCCAAAGCUGAAAGUGGUGGAGAGUUUCAUUUAUGAGAGCAUGAGAUACCAGCCAGUCGUGGACUUGGUCAUGCGCAAAGCCUUGCAGGAUGACGUGAUCGAUGGCUAUGCUGUCAAGAAAGGAACCAACAUCAUUCUCAACAUCGGGCGCAUGCAUAAACUUGAGUUCUUCCCAAAACCAAAUGAAUUCUCUCUUGACAAUUUUGAGAAAAGUGUCCCCCACCGCUACUUCCAGCCAUUUGGGUUUGGUCCCCGAGGUUGUGUUGGGAAGUUUAUUGCCAUGGUGAUGAUGAAAGCAAUUCUGGUGUCUCUUCUCCAAAGAUGCCACAUCCAGAUCCAAAAAGGCAAAGGUCUCAAAAACAUCCCGAAAAACAAUGACUUGUCCUUGCAUCCAAAUGAAACUCAGCCCUUGCUGGAGAUGGUUUUCGUGCCAAGAACAAACAUGGCCAAGAACCAGGAGAUCAAAUAGAGCCACCUUGAAAGCACCAAGAACACUGAGAGUUGGGCUUCCUCAACCCAACGAAAAACUGUCAUCCAUCCCAGACACAUUCAUCACCCGCUGGCUCCAUGAAACAAAAUGUUUGGGUUGCUCCAAAUACGUUGCUGACACAGGUGGCCAUUUUGACAGGCUUGGCUCACUGUUCAAGACUUAUUCCUUCCAAAUAGACAAAAGAAAGUCUGUAAGUGAACGAUCAGGUGACAGACCAACAAACAACCUGACGAACUCUGCUGUUCAGGUGGAAUGAUGUGAUUUGUAUUCACUUGUGCAGAAGCCCCAAGGAACCAUUUCCAGAGGUCCCGCAGAGCCAGAAGUUGGUCACGGAAGCGGCACCCGCAGCAGCUGGUCAUUUUAAGAGGGCUGACAUGUCACAUGAAUGAUUUCUGGUACCAAUGUUCAUUAGGAAGCAGAGGUCUGGAGAAGCAUGAUGAACAAAGACGGCUUUUGAAAGACAGCCACAGCACAAUCUUCUUCCAUUGUUUCAUAGUGCCAAGAUCAUGAAAGGCUCUUUGCUGUUAACAUCCUAAUUCAUUACAGGGCAAAUCAAAGUGCAAAAAGGAUUUUAGGGCUUUUUCUUCAUCCGUUUCGAUAUUUGUACUGUGCUUUUCGACCCAGUGGGGACCCAGAGCAGCUUGCCAUAUUAUUCUCCCCUCCUCCGUUUUAGCCCCACAACAACAACCCUGUAUGAUAUGUGAGGCUGAGAGUUUUUCGUGACUGGCCCAAGGUCACCUGGCAAGCUUCCAUGGCAAAGUGGGGAAUAUCCCAGAUCCUAGUCUGAUACUCUAACCACUAUAACAUUCUUUCUGUGUUUUCAGAUAUUCUUGGGAGCAGGGAACAUGCACACAUAUAUAAUGAACACACGAGUUCCAAUCCUGAGUUACACACUUUCACUAGAAUGGUGGAGACAGGGGGGAGACAACCAUUCCAAGCCCUAAAGAGUCUGGGCUCAAUAUACUUAAGGAACUUGUGGCUCCUUAUCUGCUUCUUGUUUCCCUGUACACUGAGAACAUUGUUAGAGGUCCUUCUCCAUAUGCCCACCAGCUCUGAGGUUUAAUCAGGGUUUACUCAGGAGACGGGGCCUUCUUAGCAGUGGCACCAGGAUUAUGGAAUUCUUUUCACAGGGAUAUUUCCACUUGCCCCUUCUUUGACAAUAUUCCAAUGCCAGAUCAAAACUAAGCUUUUGAGGGAGUUUGGGGGGAAGGUUUUUCUUGGUUAUUUAUGUCUCUGGAUUGACUUUGACUGAUUUUUCUACUGUCUUCGGUUGUCUAUGCUGUGUUAUGUCAAGUUUUGGUCUUUUUUGUAUUUUAGAUGAUCGGAUUUUAAUUAUAUUGUUUACUGUACAUUAGCUGACUUGUGGACUGAGUGGUUGAAAGGUAUGAAUAUUUUAAUAAAUAAUGGAAAAGAAAUAUUUUAAACUGGGCACGUGUUCAAAUAAUGAACGGAAACUUUUUGUACUCUGGUCAGGUAAUCACUUAUCAGAUAGCCAAGUGGCAAAAAAAGAGUGAGAGACUGUGUGGUCUUGUAAAUAUUUAUUUGAAGACCAGAGUUCUAUAUAAUGAACUCUUAAAAAUAUUAUUUGAUCAAUAAAGUGAUGCUUUUUACUGCUGUGGUUAACAGAUACUUCCGCUGUUUUUUGAACAAGCAAAUAUUGAUAGCUUGGGUCUUCUAAGCUUUGAAAUGGAUCUAAACUUACAAUUCAGCGCUCUGCUGCCAUUUUUGGAGCAUGCAUGCCAUAGAACAGUGUCAAUAUAUGCAAACUGACGCCAAGCAUGACAUUCAUUUCCAGGAGUUGUACCUAAGAUCAGCAGGACUUCAGUUGUUUGCUUUUCUUUUCUUUGCUUGCAUUCAUAAUGGAAUCGUUACAAUUUUGCAUGCGAAAAAGAAAUGUUUCCCCAAGCCCUUUUCUCUGGUGUGUUAUGGUUUUGCCUUGACUCCAGAUAUUGCUUGAUUGUUCUCUGUUCUUGUGCAAAGUUUACUGACUUUUAGACUGACUUCACUUUGUGUGCAGUGACUCCUUCACACAGAUCGAAAGCUGCCCGUGGUGUUUUCUAAAUUAGUGUCAUGGCACAACUGUGAUUGUUUGGCAAAUGUAAUAAUA